UGAGAGACGGUGUGCUGAGGCGAACAGUGGAGAGAAAAGGAGUUCCGAGCUCGGUGAAACUGUGCGCAACUUGUGCAUACGCCCCGACUCCACGGCGAUUGUUUCUUCCUUGAUAAAUUCUGCUGAGAGACACACUACUAAGAAUGGCCGUUGUUGACACUAUCAAGGCGUUAAGCUCCCGUCUUCUUGCUGACAUCUUGGAACUUGACGCUGACGAAGAAAACAAGAUGAGGCAACCGUUAGAGGGUCAGCUGUACAAGUACACAAACGUUGUCAAGGGCUGGCAGUAUAGGUGGUUUGUGCUGAAUCCGGACAUAGGAAUGUUGGAAUACUACAUGUUAGACGAAGUAAAGAAAGGCAAGCCCCGCGGCGCGGUUCAUCUUGCGGGGGCAGUCAUUUCGCCGAGCGAUGAAGAUGGGCAGAUGUUCACCGUCAGCGCAGCCUGCGGAGAAUUGUACAAAUUAAGAGUGGUGUCCUGCGGACGUUCCCGUUUUCCAGGCCAAGACGCUAAGGAGAGACAAUUCUGGAUCAACAGGCUACGCAAGGUCGCUGAAGACCACACAAAAACAAUAGCUCAAAAAAACCCUCCACUACUACCGCGGGAAAUCCGUGGCCCCCACGAAGGCGUGGUACCUCAGGACAAGGGAAGCGGUUCCGGUCAGGGGGCCAACUCGCAGACGGUGUGGUACACGACUGGGAUGGGCGGGCACACCGAAGCGAGCGCCACGCCUGCCGAGGCCUUCUCCUCAGUUCGGGAGAUACUGGCACGUGCAGGGAAGCUCUACCACAACCUGGCUCAGUCCAUUGAGAGCCUUCCAAGCCAUGGGGCUGGUUUUAAGUAUUACGAUCGGGAGAUGUUGUUACUGAAAGCAACAUCGUGUGCCACAGUCAUGUGCCUGGAACAGUGCCUCAGCAUCCUACAAGAAAGCAAGGCACACUGCAAUCCCGCUGGCUUGCCCAGCAAUUCCACGGUCGAAUGGUUGGAGCCAUCACAUUGCGGUGACAGUGCACUGGACGGCAGCGGUAGUGAACAAGGCUCCUCCUGUAAGCUGGGCCACACAGCAACCACUUCGGGCAGCUGCUUGUCUGGCCCAGGGGUGGACAACAACAACUCUGGCGAGGUACUCGACGAAGAUGACAGCGAUGAUGAGGAUUCCUCAAUACCAACCGAGGAGAACAAGGAUGCCAUACUGCAGCUGCUGUCCAAACUCAAGCUUGGCAUGGACCUCACAAAGGUGGCGCUUCCAAGCUAUGUUCUGGAGCCUAGAUCACUUCUUGAAGUGUAUGCUGACUUCAUGAGCUACCCUGAUAUGUUUCUCAGGAUAGCUGACGGUGAAACACCGGAGGAGAGGCUGGUCAUGGUUACAGAAUGGCUUCUCUGUUCACUCUAUGCAACACGCAAGAGUCGUUCAGCCAGAAAACCGUACAACCCCGUGCUCGGCGAGAUGUUCCACUGCUCGUGGCAAGUGGCAGGCAUCGGCGAGACCGGGACGCAGGUCACAUUUGUGGCGGAGCAGGUCUCCCAUCACCCUCCAGUGAGUGCCUUCUACGUGGAGUGCCUGGAGAAGCAGAUGUGCCUUCAAGCAUCACUCAGCAUUAAGUCUAACCUCAUGGGAAACUAUGUAGGACUGCAGUUCAUGGGGGAAGUGGAGCUGCGUCUGUUGAGUUUGGGCGAGACUUACAGCAUCGGACUUCCCACCAUGUAUUGGCGGUCGCUGCUCAGCCAGCCAUACAUCGAACUUGGUGGUAGAGUCACAGUUGCAUGCGGCGAUACCAUUGCACCCAUCACAUUCCACACAAAGCCAUUCUACGGAGGCAAGCUUCACUGCAUUUCUGGUGAAGUCAAGUCUGCGACAGGAGAGACGGUGUGCAAGAUUUCGGGGGAGUGGGACACAAGGCUGGAGCUGCAGUAUGCAGAUGGACGCUCCAAAGAGUGGAAGAUCCGUGAGCUGAAGCGCCAGCAAAAGCGUUGUCGACCCAUUGAUGCCCAGGACAACUUUGAGUCCCGGCGCCUGUGGCAGCCUGUCACGCAGGCUCUGCGCUCCGGAAAUGCAGUGCUGGCAUCGCAUCACAAGUGCAAGAUUGAAGAAAGACUGCAAGAGCAACCUGGAGGAAAAGGUGACCCCGAGCAGGGAGAGAUGGCGCAGCAGACACAUGAUGCCAAGCUCUUCCGGCUUGAAGGAAACGUGUGGAAGUACAAGUACCCCUUGGGCAAGCCAAGCUAGUCUACACAGAACCUGUGAACGAGAGGUUACUAACCGGUCCAGCAGAAGUGCUGAAGAAUGACCGCGAAGUUGCAGCAGCAUCUUGUAGGUGGCAACAACAGCGCUUGACGCCACAAAAAUGCUCUCUUGAGGACAAACACCAAAACCCCUGCACAGAGCAGCAAUGCCAUCCCCUUGCAAGGAUCAAGCCUGUUUAUCAAUUUGUGGAGGAUGCUGCUGUUGUGUUUUCACAGUCAUUCCGGCAGCCUGUGCAAUGAGUAAAGACAAUGUUAGCCAUUCCUUUGCGUGAAAAAAAAUAAGAAAGAGCGUGCCACCAUCAUUUCUCCUGAACUAUGUGUCAGGUAUGUUGUACAGUAAAAACAGAUGAAAAUGCAAGUGUAAUAUUAUUAUGUAUUUUGUAACAGAAUUUUUUAUUUAAGAAAUGAAUAAAUAAAACCAAGAAUUUUGCA